CCUUUCCGACCUUAAUAAAUAUCCCAUCCUCCCCCUCCUCAAAAACCCUCCGCCGCGCCGCCGCCUCCCGUUCCCAAUCUACCCGCCGCGCCACCGAAACCCCUCCAUCCACCACCGUCGCCAUGGGCAGCGCCGCCACCUCGCCGCCACCGUCCAUGAAGCUGGCGCAGGAGGACUUGAAGCGCGUGGCGGCGCACAUGGGCGGCGCCGCCGCCUCGCCGCCGCCGUCCGUGAAGCUGACGCAGGAGGACUUGAAGCGCGUGGCGGCGCACCGCGCGGUGGAGUUCGUGGAGCCCGGCAUGGCGCUGGGGCUCGGCACGGGUUCCACGGCGGCGCACGCGCUGGACCGCCUGGGCGACCUCCUCCGCGCGGGCGCGCUCCCGGGCGUGGCGGGCGUGCCCACCUCCCUCAAGACGGAGCUCCACGCGACCCGCGUCGGGAUCCCGCUCCUUCCGCUCGGGGGCGACGGCGGGCCCUCCAGGAUCCACCUCUCCAUCGACGGCGCCGACGAGGUGGACCCGGACCUCAACCUAGUCAAGGGCCGCGGCGGCUCGUUGCUCCGGGAGAAGAUGAUCGAGGGGGCUGGUGAGAAAUUCGUUGUCAUCGUCGACGAGUCCAAGCUGGUGCCCCGCCUCGGGUGUACGGGCGCGGUGCCCGUCGAGGUCAUCCCCUUCGGCGCGCCCCACACGCUGGGCCUCAUCCGCAAGGUGUUCGAUGGAUUGCCUGGCUUCCACGCCAGGCUCAGGAUGGUCAGGAAAGAUGCCGAAGAGGACACACCGUUCGUGACUGACAACGGCAACUACAUCGUGGAGAUGUUCUUUGAGGAUGGCAUCCGUGGCGACCUCCACAACAUCAGCGACCAACUCCUCCGGAUCACUGGCGUUGUUGAGCAUGGCAUGUUCCUCAGCAUGGCCACCACUGUCAUCGUCGCCAACAAGGAUGGCACCAUCACUGUGAUGGACAAAAAGAAUUAAGCUGGUGAUGCGACAUGAUGCUAAUAAGCUGCCAAGAUCUCAUCAUUCUAGUUCUAACGAAGGAAAAGAACAAGAAAAGCAGAGCAUAGCAGCUCUCAGCGUGCUCUCAAGUUUUGUUGCUCUCCUGUUGUCAUACUAGUACUGUUGUUACCUUGUUUGCGCCAAUUUCACGGGUAAUGACAUGAUAGAAUUACCCGGAUGAAUGUGAGGAAACCAAUAAGUUUCUGAUGUCUCUGAGAAAUAAUCUAGUCAAAUUUCUUCA